GUCCUUGGAGGCUCCUCAGAAGUCAUUUUAUAUUGUUGAAGAGGCGUCUUCUUAAUUAAACAUGGCCGUAGCAACUUUGAUCAGCAAGCGUCUAAAGGACGUGCCAGGCAAAUUAAAGGUUGCGGAACUCUUCUUCGAGGUUCCCGUUGACUACCGCCGCCCAAAGGAUGCAACCAUCAGGCUCUUUGCGCGGAGCGUACAGCGACGUUCAUCCUCCGCUGAAAUUGAGCCUGAAGAGAGGAAAUUGCCAUGGGUGGUGUAUCUCCAAGGCGGACCCGGAAUGGGAUGCUCCCAACCCCAAGAUAUUGGCUGGGUUGGUCCCUUUCUGGAUAAAGGAUACCAGGUGCUACUUCUAGAUCAACGGGGGACGGGUUUAAGCUCCCCGAUCACAGCGGCGACCCUGGCUCUGCAGGGGAACGCUGUCAAGCAGGCUGAGUAUCUGCGGAGCUUUCGAGCAGACAGCAUUGUCCAAGACUGCGAAGCUGUACGCAUGUGUUUGACUGCGGACUACCCGUUGGAAAGGCAGAAAUGGAGUGUCCUAGGACAAAGUUUUGGAGGUUUCUGCGCUGUUACUUAUCUUUCGAAAUUCCCCCAAGGGUUGAGAGAGGUGUUCACUACGGGCGGACUUCCACCCUUGGUGACAAAUCCCGAACCCGUACUCGAAAAGACAUACGGGAAACUUCAAGAGCGCAACAAGGCAUAUUAUGGGAAAUUCCCUGAGGACAAGGAGAGAGUACAGACAAUUUUACGCCAUCUAGAACAGAACGAUGUCAAAGUGCCUGAUGGCGGUGCUCUUACCCCAGAGAGAUUCCUGUCUCUGGGAAUUUCUCUUGGCAUGCGAGGAGGGCUUGAUUACGUCCAUGACAUUGUCCUCAGGUGCUCCAAUGAUCUCGAGGUGUUUGGCUUCCUCACACGGCCGACAAUCUCUUUGGUUGACAAUGGUAGUACUUUUGACAACAGCAUUAUCUAUGCCGUCCUCCACGAGGCCAUCUAUUGCCAGGGGGCUGCUUCGAAUUGGUGUGCCGAUAGGGUGAUUCAGAAACUGUCCAGUUUUCGAAGCCGAGGAAAUCCAGAAGGGAUAUUCUUCACAGGAGAGAUGGUUUACAAGAAUCUCUUCGAGACAUCUACCGAAUUAAAACAGAUUAAAGAGGCCGCUGACAUCGUUGCCUCGUACGAUGACUGGCCAGAAUUAUACGACAAAGAACAGCUGGCAAACAAUGAAGUCCCGGUAUAUUCAGCCACAUACGUUGAUGACAUGUACGUGCAUUAUGAUUUCGCGAGAGAGACAGCUGCGUCAAUUAAGGGGUGCAAGAACUUUAUCACCAAUACCAUGUACCACAACGCUCUGCGGGCCAACAUGGAGGAGCUUCUCAAGCAACUAUUUGCCAUGCGGGAUGAUACAAUAGACUAG